AUGAAGCGAUAUGAUGACCGCGCAUGGUAUCACUUCUACGGCCUAGGUCAGCCGCCUAGAGGUGCCAAGGAGGUGGACUGGUCUACCUUCUGGUUCACAUAUGAGGCCCCCUCGCCCAGAGAGGACUCAUCGCCUCCGCCCUUAGCAGCAGACGCCUCAGAUGCCUGCGGCCAGCCUACUCAGCCCAGGCACGAGCACGGGCCUUUGCCUAUGUCGUGCUUUGAAGAUGGACGGGAGUGCAUCGUCAGAGACGACAACAAAUCCAUCAUGAUCCACCGCCUGGACUACGAGCUCAUCAAGUCCCAAGCCGCCCAGGGGAUCAUCGGCUCCAAGUUCAUGCUGGACCAGGAGUCCUUUUCCGUCUUCUCGGGCCCAUAUCCUUUUGACAACCCGCCCAGCCUCCCGGAGCCCUCCGACGGCCCGGCGCCCAGCAACCGAGCAGCCGACGAUGGCCGGACUGACGCAGAUACAGACCUGCUCGGCCUACGCUCCGACAAAGGGGACGCACAAGAGCCUCGCAGGCCCGCUCUUCCUUUGCACCACUGCCGGCAGCAGACAGACUGCCUCCCUGCCCACGCCUCUGCAUCCCCGAGCCGCCCGACAGGAGGUAUCGCGGUUGCACCAUCGUGCCCAGCAUCUGCCUACCGGACACUUUCCGGAUUGCCCAGGAGGACACACGACUCCUCUACAUGGACCACAACAGACGCCUACGAUGUGCCAGGCCCUGCAGCACUCAGCCCUUUUGCCCAUGGGGCCUCGUGUGUGCCCAAAACGUGGAUGAUCCUGACGCCGAUAGGCACGAUCGCCACCAAUGCAGCCGCUGUGCAGCUCAUCUUCGACAUCGUCGACGCGAACGAGAUAAAGGAAAAGGGGUGCCUAGCUUGCAUGCUUGUUUUUUGUCUUGCAUCCAUGUUUGCACACAUGCAGCCCUGA